CUUUUUUUUCUUUCCUUUUCUCCCCGUCUAAGUUCCCUCAACCAGUAUGGGAGUAUGCUUAUCGGCUGAGGAAAGAGAGAGCCGGCAACGUAGCCACGAAAUAGACAAGCAGCUGGAAGAGGACAAUAAGCGACUACAACAAGAAUGCAAACUGUUAUUAUUAGGCAGCGGAGAAUCUGGAAAAUCAACUAUUGUCAAACAAAUGAAAAUUAUCCAUCAGGAUGGCUAUUCAACCGACGAACUACUCUCUUGGCGCCUAUGCGUCUAUAAAAAUUUAAUCGAGUCCGCCAAAGAUCUCCUUAAUGCCAUGACCACAGUAGAAGCUCAGUUCGAAGUUCCUCAUAACCAAAGUCACGCACAGGUAAUUCAGGAUUAUGCAACCCCUACCGACCCUAAGCAUAUUUUCAGCCCGGAAAUCAUCGUCAGCAUUGAAAGUGUAUGGCACGAUCCCAUUAUAAAAAGCGUUUUGGAUCGUGGUGGAAGUGAAUUCUACAUUAUGGAUUCGGCACCUUAUUUUUUAUCAGAAGUGCGCCGACUUUCUGAAGCAAACUAUGUACCAACUGUAGCUGAUGUACUUAGAGCUCGGUUAAAGUCUACUGGUAUUUUGGAAACACGAUUCACCAUGGGCCAGCUCAGCAUCCAUAUGUUUGAUGUUGGUGGACAGCGGUCAGAACGGAAAAAAUGGAUUCAUUGCUUUGAGGCAGUGACUUCCAUUAUUUUUUGCGUGGCAUUGAGUGAAUACGAUCAGGUUCUUCUGGAGGAAAGCAAACAGAAUAGAAUGCUGGAAAGUCUAAUUCUUUUUGAAUCCGUCAUCAACAGUCGUUGGUUCGUUCGCUCGUCCAUCAUCUUGUUUCUCAACAAGGUUGACAUCUUUAAAACAAAAAUAUCAAAAGUGCCACUAGACCGGUAUUUUCCAGAUUAUACAGGCGGAAGUGAUGUGACAAAAGGCGCUAGAUAUAUACUGUGGCGGUUUAAUCAAGCGAACAGAAUGAAACUUACCAUAUAUCCCCACUUGACUCAAGCGACAGAUACCUCCAGUCUCAAAAAAGUAUUUCAAGCCCUCGCAGAGACAAUUUUGAAAAACUCCUUGGUGGACUCUGGGCUCACCUAAUACCCACCGACGGACUGGUUCAAAGGGCAAUUAAUAC